UCCCAAAGCCAACACAACACAAACCAAAAACAAUAUGCAGAAAGGAAGCAUUCUAAUUGUGGCACUUGUUACCCUGGGAGCCAUAGCCGAAGCAGUGGCCCAAACGGUGCCCUACCACACACCGCCGACACAGCCACCUCGUUAUCGCUUCCGUCGUCAGGUUCUGGGCGGCUCAUUGGCCUCCAACCCGGCUGGCGGCGCCGAUGCCCGUAUGGAUUUGACCAAGGCAUUUGGCACUCCCGAUCACAAUGCGGUGGUUCAGGCCUUUGCGGCCGGCAACACCCAAUCGGGUCCAGUCACCACUGGCGGAACUGCGGCCUACAACAUCCAUGGCCAUGGUGCCUCUGUGACCAGGACACACACUCCCGGCGUGAAGGACGCCUUCCAGCAGGAGAUCCAUGCCAAUCUCUUCAACGACGGCGUACACAAUCUCGAUGCCAAGGCUUUCGCCUCGCAGAACAAGCUGGCCAACGGCUUUGAGUUCCAACGCAAUGGUGCUGCCUUGGACUACUCCCACGUCAGGGGUCAUGGUGCCAGUGUGACGCACAGCAACUUCCCCGGCCUCGGUCGUCAGCUGGGCGCCGAGGCUCGCGCCAAUCUCUGGUCCUCGGCCGAUCGCAACACGCACUUAGAUCUGACCGGAUCGGCCAACAAGUGGAUGAGUGGCCCAUUCUCCAAUCAAAAGACAGACUUUGGCGCUGGUCUGGGUCUUACCCAUCAUUUCGGUGGAUAAAUCUGGCUUUUAAAUGAUACAAAUAGUUGAUUUUAUUUAUUGAAAGAAUAAACUUUAGAAAUCGUUACUGAGAAUCCAA